UCCUUUUCGCUGCCGGGUUGGUAACGGCGACAACAGCUGCUGUCGCUUCAGUGUGUGCGUUUCCCCAGCGGUGGCAUGGGAUGAUCUCAGUGCGUUCUCUUUAGGGAUCUACUGCCUCUCACAUGCUUCUGUCGUGGGAGGAGGUGUUUUUGUUUGUUAUAUGCUUUCAAGGGGGAGGGUUGCUUGUGCAUACCCUCUUCUUCCCUAAGGGAGGAUGUGCGUGUAUGGGCACUGCUGACACAGAGUUGGCAGCUCCAGAUUGCUAAGGGAAGGGACCCGUUCAGCUGUGGCUGCUUGUUUAAUGCAAAGAAGUAAUGCUGAAGAAAGAAGCCUUUGAGCGAUAACCUCUGGCCUGCUGUAGUCACACACAGUCGGACUCAGAAGGCCCAGCCCUAUGCACCCCAGGAGAUGCAGGACUCUGUCUUGGUGGGUGGACAUCAUGCAGAAGAAUUAUGAGACCCUCAUUUCCCUGGAUGUCAGGAAGGAACAUGAGCAGGAAAGCUCUGUUGCUAAAAAGAUGAUGUCGAGAGAACAACCUGCGAGGACUGAGUCUCAGAGCCCUGAUCUGGAACUAAGUCACAGCAAGCUGGCUGUCAGAGACUUUGCACUGGUGCUUCCCACCAAACCUGUCCCCAUCUCCUCUAGUGAAGGCCAGAAACCAUACAAGUGUAUGGAGUGUGGGAAGGGAUUUGGCCAAAGCUCGCACUUGAUGCGUCACCUGGGAACACAUUCUGGGGAAAAGCCCUACCGGUGUAUGGACUGUCCCAAGGCCUUCACGCAGCUGUCAAACCUGCAGCAGCACCAGCGCAUGCACACUGGGGAGCGCCCCUACACCUGUGAUUGCUGCGGAAAGUGCUUCUCCUGGAGUUCCAACCUGGCCCAGCACUGGUGCCUCCACACCGUCCAGAAGCCGUACGCUUGCAUCCAGUGUGGCAAGUGCUUUUGCGAGAGCGCCCGGCUGCUGGAGCACCAGAGCACCCACAUGGGUGAACGGCCUUAUGUCUGCCUGCAUUGUCGCAAGUGCUUCAGCCGGAGCUCCCACCUCGCCCGCCACCAGCACCACCACGCUUCGGUCACAGGCACGGAGGAGGAACAACCGCCUUUCCCUUGCAGCCAGGGUGCGACCCUCCUCCUACACCGCCAUGCCCACUGCAACUAGAAUUUAUGUCCAUUGGUGCUGGAACACCGUGGCAGAACCUAAGGAGGGUCUGCAGGGAUUUGACCCGUUUUCCUUGGCCUAGAGGCAACCACCAACAAAGCUUCGUGACUGACUGUGUAGUAGCAAUGUGAGGUCAGAUCUUGCCAGGCUUCAGUGAAUCUAGAGCAAAGAUGGGAAACCUGUGGCAUCCAGAAGCUGCUGAAGUCCAGCUCCUGUCAUCUCUCAUCAUUGGCCAUGCCAGCUGGGGCUGAUGGGAGUUGGAGCCCAGGAACGAAGAAGGAAUAAAGCACCAAAUGGUAGUCGAAACAGGAGACAAGCUCUGGUGCGGUGUGGGUGAUUUGGAGCCCGACAACAGCUGGAGGGCCGCACGUUCCACACUCCUGAUCUAAAGGCAGGGAGCACUUGGGGUUGUGCAAAAUACACCAUAACAACCUAUGCGACUGUACUAUGUGCAAGAAAAAUCAUCCUGGAUGUUGUGCCGUUGCUUACUAUGACACUAUGCUCGGGGUAUACCACAUGUACAGGAGGUUGCUACACUCCAGAUAAUCUGCAGCAGGAGAGAUGCACCCCUUGGCACAAACACUACAGCAUGUGCUCUGGGCAGGGUCGGCCUAACCAUAAAGGCAACCUAGGCAGUGAGUAGAGUGUUAGAUAUACAGAGCUAUGGUUAAAUGCCCUGGGGGGAAGAGCUGUCACGUGCACUUCUGGAGGAGGCUGAGCAGAUCAGCAGCUGGGUUGAUACCCCUCCUAUAAGGGUUCAGGGGACACAAUCUGCACCAGCCAUCCAGGACACAGUUGUAAAAAGGGGGAAAUUAAAAAAAAGUAUGAAGAUUAAAAAUAAAAAUAACAGUAUCCAAGUUGACUCUUGAUCGUUUAAUUGUGCUACAGGGGGCAUCCAUUAAGAUGUGGGUGGGGAACCAUAACAUUUUUUAAUU